AUGUUAAACAUUUUCUUACAGGAAGCAACACAAAGCCAAUGAUGAGUCCAACACAUAAUGGUUACAAAAAUAUUUCUAAUCAUUCAUCUCAUAAAAGUAAGCAAGAGGUAGCUAAUCAUAGUAAGCCAGGAAAAGAAGGAAAAAUUCUUGAAUCGUCUAAACAUCAUCAUAAUAUACAUAACAGUAGCAGUAAUAAACAUAGUGACAGCAGUAAACAUAAAGAACAUAAAAUGCACUCAAGUUCAAAAUUGAAAGAUUUGUCUGGUUUAAAAGAAAGUUCAAAAUCACAUUCCAGUAAAAGUGAAACUCUCAAAUUAAAAGAUCAUCAAAAUCAUGAGAAGAGCUCAUUUAAAACCAAAGAUUCUAGUUCUAAAUCAACCAAUGAUAUUUCCAAAAAACUUUCUUCCAAACCCAAGGAACACAAAGAUGGAGAUAAAAUUAAAAAAGAAGGAGAAAAACACAAGAAUAGUGAAACACCAAAGGAAAAAUUAAAAGAUGGAAUCCAUAAAGAAAAACAUAAGGACAGUAGUAGCAAAGAUAAACUUAAAGAAAGCAGUGACAAACCAAAGGAAAAACCAAAGGAUUCUCACAAUUCAGAAAAGAAAAUCAAAAUAAAGAAAGAGAAUUCAGAAAACAAGGGACCAGUAUUAGUUAAAUUAAAACAAGAAAAGAAAGAAUCAGAAAAUCAUAUAAAAAUAAAGAUGGAACCAAGCAGUGAUGAUGAUGUUCCAUUAGCUGAAAGAAAAACUCAAAAAGAGAUUGCAAGUUUUAAAUUGAAAAGAAGUUCAGAGGAUUCUGAUGAUGAACCAUUAGCAAAAAGAGCUGAGAAAGUAAAACAUAUUAAAUCAGAAAAAUCUGAAAGCAAGAAAAGAAAAUGUUAUGACAGUGAUGAUUCAAAGCCAGCAAAGAAAAUAAAAAAAGAGAAGGAUUCUAAGAAAACAAAAACUGCAAAUGAGACCCCUUCAACUCCAAAAAAAAGGGGUAAACAAGAGGAAGAAGCUGAAGUUUGGAAAUGGUGGGAAGAAGAGAAAUAUGAUGGUGGUAUUAAAUGGAAAACUCUUCAACAUAAUGGUCCAGUAUUUGCUCCCCCAUAUGAACCAAUUCCCAAAAAUGUUAAAUUUUAUUAUAAUGGAAAUCCUGUAGAAUUGAGUUCAGAAGCUGAAGAGGUUGCAGGAUUUUAUGCUCGAAUGUUAGAUCAUGAUUAUACCACUAAAGAUAUUUUUAAUAAAAACUUCUUUAAAGAUUGGAGAAAAGUCAUGACACCACAAGAGAGAGAGUUUAUAACUGAUUUGAAGAAAUGUAAUUUUUCUGAACUUAAUGAAUAUUACAAACAGAAGUCAGAAGAAAGAAAAAACAUGACAAAAGAAGAAAAAAAUGAAAUUAAGAAACAGAAUGAAGAAUUACAGAAGACAUAUGGAUUUUGUAUAAUUGAUGGUCACAAACAAAAAAUUGGCAAUUUUAAAAUAGAGCCACCAGGUUUAUUUCGUGGUCGUGGGGAACAUCCAAAAAUGGGAAUGUUAAAAAGAAGAGUUCGACCUGAAGAUAUUAUCAUAAACAUUGGAAAGUAUGUUUAUAAGUUGGCUCUCAGAGCAGGCAAUGAGAAAGAAGAAGGUGAAACAGCAGACACUGUUGGUUGUUGCUCGUUGCGUGUUGAACAUAUCACCCUAAAUGAAGAAAAAGAUGGUAAACAAUAUGUUGUUGAUUUUGAUUUUCUCGGGAAAGAUUCUAUUCGUUACGUAAACAGUGUAGCCGUUGAGAAGCGAGUGUUUAAGAAUUUAAAGUUAUUUAUGGAAAACAAACAGCCUGGUGAUGACCUUUUUGAUAGAUUGAAUACUGCAAUUUUCAAUAAACAUUUGAAUGAAUUGAUGGAAGGUCUUACUGCUAAAGUUUUCCGUACAUAUAAUGCUUCUAAAACUUUACAAGAACAAUUAGAUUUACUUACUAAAGCUGAAAUGUCUCUUCCUGAGAAACUCCUUGCUUACAACAGAGCAAAUAGAGCAGUUGCUAUACUUUGCAACCAUCAGCGUUCUGUACCUAAAACUUUUAGUAAACAGAUGGAAAACUUACAAAAGAAGAUUGAAGAAAAAGAAGAACAAAUUAGAGAAUUCAAAAAAGAAUUGAAGAAAGCUAAACAAGCAUACAAGGAUUCGAAUACAAGCAAAGACAAAACAAUCUAUGAGAAAAAGAAGAAAAGAUUUCAUCAGUUAGAAGAACAACUGAACAAAUUAGAAGUUCAAGCUACUGAUAAAGAAGAAAAUAAGCAGAUAGCUUUAGGAACUUCAAAAUUAAAUUAUCUUGAUCCCAGAAUUUCAGUAGCUUGGUGCAAAAAAUGGAAUGUACCAGUAGAAAAGAUUUACAAUCGCACACAAAGGGACAAAUUCCGAUGGGCUAUUGAAAUGGCUGGACCAGAUUUUAUAUUCUAAUGGGAAAAUUUUUUAACAUACAGAAAAUUUCAUGGUGUAACUUCAUAUCUAGAAAUGUAGAUGAAGAUUUUAGUAAAUGGGUAGUAUUUACCCAACAGAUAUACUUGGUCCAUAUGUAAAUGUAUCACUGCUACUUCACAGGAAUCUCCACCCAGUGAAUUGUAUGUGUGUUGGAGUGCAUGAAUAAGAGGACUAAUAUACAAUAAUUUGCUCUUAAAAUAAAAGAGAAACAUUUUCAGAACUGGUUAAACAAAUUUAUUUAACAGUACUCAUAUUGCAUUUCGACUCGGGUGAAAUGCAUGAAAGAUGCAACAGAGAAUAUUGGUUUUUAUGAUGAUAACAGAAAUACAUUGGACUAAAUGGCAACAGAUAGCUUGCAGUUCUAAAAAUGUGGCCAAAAUGCAUAUUUUUUAUUUCUUCAUUCAUUGUGUCAAGGCAUAGCCUCGCAAAUAAUGAAAUUUAAGGGCUGUAAGCUGUGAUCUCUGGCAUGUUUAUGGCCUUGUUGAUGAUAAUUGUGGAUUUUAAUUGACUUGAAACUCUAAAAUGAGUCACUUACCAUGUAGAAUAUUAAUAAUUCAUAUAAAAAUUGAGUGCAUGUGAAUGUAUUUUGAUUAACGUCAUUCUAAGGAAUGUAUUUCAUAUAUCAACAUAAACUGCACUUUUAUGAAGAAGAAAAUUCUGGUUACUGACAAGAGUGGCUAUAUAUAUAAUUAAGCAGUAAGGCACAAUCAAAUGUACAGUUCAGAUGUCAUUCAUGUUGGAAAUCAGACAGUGUCAAUAUUUAUGUUGAUUCUUGCUUCCAUUUUAUGGCAAAAGAAUCCCAUUUGUGAUCCUAUUUAAUUAUUGGAGACAUUACAUAAUUGCAAAUUCAUUUGCUUCCUCAUCAAUUUAUUUCAGUCUGCUUUUGACAUUUGUCUGAAUGAAGAUUUAUUAUCGGUCCUUUUUUUGUUUUUUAUUUCUUCAGACAACUAUCUUCUUAUACAAAUAUAUUGUAACUAGGUUAGUAAAUGUUGAACAGUUACAGAAAUGUGUGGAUGGGAAUUUACAAUGUUUCAAUGGGUAUGGAUGGUUCAACUUUUAAUAUGUUAAACUUAGUGAAUCUCCAUCUAUUGUUGUUCUUGUAAAUCGUGGCAGAGGUGGAAGGGAAAGUGUCAUUUGUUAUUGGUUGUGACGUUAACUGAAAUGACCAAGUGUCCACCAAAUUCACUAGUGUUGUAUUAUAUUUGUUUUUUUAAAGGCAGUGUUACAAUUUUGUAGAAAAACGUUGUACCUUAGUAUCCUAAAAGCCUUCAUUUGUCCAUUUUUCCAGUCUGCUGCCUCUGUACAUGCUGCACUUUUUCAAAUAAAUGAAAUAUCAAAACUUUGUGUAAA